UUUAUUUUCCGAAUUCGUAACCUAAACUGGAAAAUUUCACUGGGUGCGCUUAUUACUUGCCUUUGUGCAUCGCCACAGGUGUCUUUGCAUUCAUGUUUGUAUAAAGCCAGUCCAUAUCCAAUUGAGUAUCUAUUCAGUCAUAGUUUUGGUUAGGUUUAUAUAUUCUUUAUUUAUACCAUUAAUACAUCAAUACUUGUUAUAAUUAAUCAGUAAUUUAUAAUGUCCUCAAUCGAGAAAGUUCAAGGGUCCGUCAAACCUGAAACAAUCUCUUCCGAAGAGCAAGAAUCUGGUAUUAGAUAUGCUGCUUAUGCCAAUAGAUUUAGAACUAUUUUGGCUGCUUCUCAUAGAUAUGUUGCAUAUACAUCAGAUAUUGGUGAAUCAUUUCGUCCAGUUGCUCAUCCUUAUUUAGUUACUGUGGGGUAUGGUAUUUCUUGGUUAUAUAUUUUAGGUGAUGUUCUGUAUGCUGCUUGGAUUGUGAAAUUAAAAUCUGAAGGUCGUUUUACUCCUGGUUUAAAGCCUUGGCAAAAUUUCAGUUCCGAACCUGAUUUAGCUGCUGCUGCUUCAUUUAAAGCUCAAAAUACUCUGGUGGUAGAUUCCGAUUGGAGAUUGGUUGCUUUAAAAAGAGGUAUUUUCCAAAGUUUAGCUUCUAUGGGUUUACCAGCUUUCACUAUUCAUAGUGCGGUUAGAUAUUCAUCAAUUUUAUUUAAGAAUAGUGGUAUUAAACUGUUGAGGACUUAUGGUCCAGUCGCAAUUGGGUUAGGUAUUGUACCUGUAUUACCAUACAUCUUUGAUGAACCAGUUGAACAUGCAGUCGAUUGGAUAUUUGAAAAGGGGGAACAAUUAUAUCGUGGAAGUAAAAGAUUAGAUUAGAAUAGAAUUAUACAAAAUAAUCCCUCUUAAUGUAUGUUUCAUGUAUUUAUUUAUUUUAGCUUACAUGUUGUAGUUGAGGUUUUCACCACGACUACAACAAACAUAUAUACAGUUGAUGUAGAAAAAAAUUCGUAA